GCGAAGCGCGCUUCUCUCUCUCUCUCUCUCUCUCGCUCGGUCGCUCUUAUACCGGGAGGGAGCGCGUGCGCGCUCGGCUCCAACCACACUCGGGCGGUCCGUCUCAGUUCACCGCGACGCACCGUCAAACUCGGCGGCGGUAGCUCUGUCUCUCUGGGCGCUGGGCGCGAUUGUCUAUCUUCCCGCGCGUUCUCUCCCUCUCUGCGCUUAUAGCACCGGUCGUGUGUACAGCGAAUUUCCGCUCCUAUUCUUCUCCCUCUGAUUUCGCGGCUUGGAUGACACGAGGACUGCCAGGUUAGAGAGAGAGAGAGAGAGAGAGAGAGAGAGAGAGAGAGAGAGAGAGAGAGAGAGAGAGAAAGGGACCACGUGGUGCAGACGCGAGUGUACGAAUGAGCGCGUUUAAGGACAGCUGAGAGGAGCAGUGCUGCAGGUGGUGCGUCUUCUCCGAGGCGCCGUCACCUGGACGUCCGAUAACACGAUGAUGGACCUGACGAGGUGCGAGCUGGACUAUUGCUGCAGCUGUAGAGAUAGACGGAGGCGCCAGCCGCACUUGGUCGACUCGGUCGCGUGAUUCGCGAAUGGAUCUGCGAUGGCUGUUCCCACGCGAGAUUAACUGAGUGCGUGAUGGGUGGCGAGAAGCUGUGGUGGGCAUGGGGCGCGGGUCCACGCGGCACGACCGCCCCAACGAACGUCAGCAAUAACCUGCUGACCUUGGGCUGGAACGAGUCGGCGCUGCGCGAGGCCCUAAACGCCAGCGGCAACGCCAGCUGGCCCGGGGACGAGUUUCUCUUGGAGCCGAGCAACGUCACCCAUACCGGACUUACCAGCCACGAGUACGACCUCAUAAUCACGAUACUCAUCGCCACCGCACUCGGCUUCCUCAUUCUCGCCACGAUUAUCGGCAACGUUUUCGUGAUAGCAGCCAUACUGCUCGAGCGCAAUCUGCAGAGCGUAGCGAAUUACCUGAUCCUCUCGCUGGCCGUCGCCGAUCUGCUGGUCGCCUGUCUCGUCAUGCCUCUGGGAGCCGUGUACGAGGUUGCCCAUGAAUGGGCUCUUGGUCCUGAAUUAUGCGACAUGUGGACCAGCAGUGAUGUAUUGUGCUGCACCGCUUCCAUUCUGCAUCUGGUCGCCAUCGCCCUUGACAGGUACUGGGCAGUCACAAACAUAGACUACAUUCAUCACCGGACGGCCCGUCGGAUAGGCAUGAUGAUAGCGGUAGUCUGGGCGGUUGCCUUUCUCGUCUGCAUCGCCCCGUUACUCGGCUGGAAGGACCCCCAGUGGGAGAAUCGCGUCGUCCUCGACAAGUCCUGCAUCGUCAGCCAGGACAUCUACUAUCAGAUAUUCGCCACGGUAUCGUCCUUCUACCUGCCGCUCUUCGUCAUCCUCAUACUCUACUGGCGGAUAUUCCAGACGGCGCGGAAGCGCAUUCGAAAACGAGUGGGCCAACCUGUAAAUACACAAGCUACGAAACCAAUGGGAGGACCACCGAAGCCGAUGGGCAGCAGUCACGCUGUGGGCGGAGCACUGGCACAGGCGCAAGCUAGCGGAGGCAUCGCGGCGGCCGUCGUGGCCGUUAUCGGCAGGCCGUUACCCACGAUAUCCGAGACGACGACCACGGCGUUCACGAACGUGAGCUCGACGAACACGUCGCCGGAGAAGACAUCGUACCACAACGGUCUGGAGCCGGAGCCGUCGACGAUGGAGGCUUCGCCGCGACCGGCUGUCACCCGUCGGAAAAAAAUGGCAGCCGACUCGAAGCGCGAGAGGAAGGCUGCCAAGACGCUCUUCAUCAUCACCAGUGCUUUCGUCGUCUGCUGGCUGCCCUUCUUCAUCAUCGCCAUUCUCCUACCGGUUUGUCAGUCCUGCAACAUCAACGACUACUUAGUGGCCUUUUUUCAAUGGCUGGGGUAUUUCAAUUCCACCCUGAAUCCAGUGAUCUACACGAUAUUCUCGCCGGAAUUCAGAAACGCCUUCAAGAAGCUACUCUGCAGACACAGGCGAGGCGUCGGCCGCAGAAUGGGCGUACGGCAUUACAUGUAGAAAUGGGUCUAAGGGUGGAUCGUCAAAGGCCCCGUAAGCUCCUCCAUAACUCUCCUAUCAACGCACACAGCUCUACUGAUGUCCAUCAUCCUUUCGAUUCGCGCUCGCUAAUUUUCAAUCAGGGAUAAAAUUCGAAAUCUCUCCCUCCUCCGCGCUUACACUCGUAUACAUAGGCGAGAGAGUUUAUCCCUUUCGUCAUUUCGAAUUCCGUCUGUCGGUGCGUCCGCACCGCGCAUUCGCUGCAAUCUCGAGCCGAGGCGUGUGCCUUUGAGAGAGCAUAGCAGUCGAAGUAAGAGAGAAAAGCUCUCGCGAGAGCUUUUAGCUUUCGGGACAGCAGCUGCAAAUUAUCGCAGGCGUGUAUGGCACCUUGAUGCGUGUGCGCGGUGUGGGCGGAACUCUAUCUCUCUCUCUCACUCCGGUGUACCGUAAUUCCGCGCACGGCUAUGCUUAUAUAGGGGCGGACGGCAAACAUCCUCGACGCUAAUAGAGCCGCGCUGGUAUUUCCUUUCUUCCCUCCCUCCCGCGCGCGCGCGCGCUCGGCUCUCCGUCGAGCUUUUGAAUUCAUGAAUUGCGAAAUCUUCGAGGCUGCACUGCUGCAGUAUACGACUUAUUCGCGCGGGCGCGACAGCCGCGCGCAGCGAAGCGAGAGGAAAGGAAAUAUAAUGGAUCGUGACCGCGUCGUCGUCGUCGCACACGUUCCGUAAAAUUCAUGCGCCGCUGCCUUGCGCAUGCAGCGCAUGCAGCGCCGCGGAUCAUCGAGAGAGCGAGCGUGAGAACGCAAUAAAGAAAAGCCCCUGUUUCUCCGGGCUGUGUAAGCCAAGCGCAUUCUCCGCAUUUUCUUCGAUAUAUGCGGGCACUUUUUUUUUUUAUUCAUCCGCAAAUGCGUGCAGCGCGGCCGCUAUACGGGAGGAUCGAGGAAUUGAAAAUUCAAAGGGGCGAGAAAGCGCGUAAUGCUGCGUGUCGCAGAUAGAGGGAGAAUCGAAAGAAUAUAUCGAGCGCGGGAUUCCGCGAAUUCCAUACCACAGCCUUAUUCCACCCUUCUUUAUCGCUAUCUAUAACGUCCCUAGAUAAAAAGUCUCGUCCUUCUUUCCAUCGUCCUUGCUGGCUCGCUUUCUCUGCGAGAGAUAUGCGCCGAGAGACCCUUUCUCGAGACGCGGGAAAAAACUUCUACCGCCGCAUACACGCUAUAUGCACUCGAGCGAGAUCAGAAUCAAAAAUUGCAAUCAAAGGGCGGAGACGCUUAUAUAUUCUGCACUAUGUUUACGAGAAUCGAGAGUCCAUCGAAUUAGCGGGCUGCGAAGUUCGAAAAAGCUGUUUAAAAGUUUGCUUCGUCGAAUUGUUUUUAACUCGCGGCGAUUCGCACGUGGAAAAAGCUCGAUUAAAGUUCCAGCGAAAAAGGAGUAUUGAAAAUAGAAGCGAGCUUUUUUUUUAAAAACACAGAGAGAGAGAGAGAGAGAGAGAGCUGAGCAGAAAAGUCAAAACAAGCACAAGCCAUCGCUCAUUCGAAUCUAAGUGACUCUCGGGGAGUAUACACAAGCGGUACACACUGGGCAGACACGAGCGGAGUGAAAUAAAGGUCGGGCGCACGUGUGCCGCGGCGGCAGAGGGUUUUAUCUCGACUCGUGCAUCCGGGAAUCACGGGUUAUACAGAGAUAUAUACGUAUACAGUGCAGCGACUCGUGUGUGUGUGUAUAAAGAGCAUGUAUACAAAAAACGGAAUCCGAUCGAACGCGACCACACACGUAUCCGAACUUUUUUCCUCGCAAGAAUGAAAACUCUCCCUCUACGGGUGUGUACAUCACUCGGAUCGAUUACAAAGACCGAAAAACACACAGAUACCCGCAAAAAGGAGCAAAAAGUUUAUCACACACGCGACUGAUGUAAAUCUAUUCCGCUAUAGAUAGGUCUCGAUCUAUAUAUAGGUAAUCAGACAAACAAAAUUAGAGUGAAAAGGAAGUGUGAAGAGGCGAGGAUAUACCUUUAUGCAGGAAUACAUAACGAGUGUGCUAACGGAUCGAGCGCGUGCGCGAGCUUGCAACGAAGCAAGGUGUAACCCAAUGUCUUUUCUACGAUAUGUUCUUCGGAGACCGGCGCCUUAUAACCAGAUUAUAUAAUAUAUACGUGUACAUAUAAUUAUAUGAUUAUGCAUUUAGGACUUUGUAUAUGUAUGAGACAAAAGGGGAUAACAAAAGAGACAGGGAGGAGCAACGCUUCCAUAUUAUAUGCGGCAGAGGAUUUUUUAUUGCGUAUAUGACACGUAUACGGUUGCGUUAUUUCGUCAAUUGGAACGAGGAGCGGCUUUUUUUAUACAUUCGACAGGUUGUUUUUCCAAUACACACGACUCGUCGUUUCGUCUCAGUAUUAUUAAAAGCUAACGAUGUAUAGGAUACCUUUUAAUAUUGAAUUUAAUACUGGUUUUUUCUUUUGCACGAAUAUAUAUAUAAUUUGAUUUUAAUAAAUUUAUCUUAGACUUGUGUAUACACUGAGAAAGAUUUGAUAGUAGAAAUUACUAUUUGGGAUAGUAAUUUUUACUGCUUUUCAUAAUAAAUUGGUAACAGACUUUUAAGAUAUUAGAUUUUACUAUCCAAAGAUAGUAAUUUUUAAAAAUUUAAUUUCAAUUUCGCUUAUUUCUAUAUUUUACACCUAUUAGAUACUUCGCGCUGUUAUUACUUUAUUAUUUAUUAUUUUUAUUAAUUAUUAUUAUGCUAUUUUGAAGAAAGAAAGAGACUAUAAAUGUAGUAAAAAUUAAGCCUUUGGAAGCCGUAACAAUUUUUACUAUCUGAGAUAGUAAAAAUUACUAGCCUCCGAGUCUGUUACCAAAUUAUCAUCCGAGAUAGUAAUUUUUACUGUCAAAUUUUUCUCAGUGUACCAUACAGUUAGCAUAUCCACGAAGAUUCUAAAAUAAUUCUGCGAAUAUUUUUUUUCUCUAAACGCUUAUUAAAUUUUUAUCAUCGGCAUAAAUAUGUAGAAGAGUUUAUUAUACUAAAAUCUAUAUGUCUAGAUACAAUUGUUAAUAGAGAUCGAAACAAAUAAAAGAAAUAACAAACACUAAA